CUUCAGUCAGUUGGGUUAUCCACGUUUGAGCAGCAGCAGCAUCAAACGUACUUGUCAUCCUGUGGACACAAUUCAAGCUGGAGAUAUAGUGAAAGCCAAAUCAUAAUUACGGAGCUGUCCAUCACAAAGCGGGCCCUGUGAUCCAAUUCAGCUCAACUCUCCGCCACCCUGUUGAGGGUAAACUGGAACGCUACCUGACAGAAACGCUCCCCAGAGAUUCCUGAGUUCACAACCUACUUUUCAGGUGAUAAACCCCUGCCUUUGAGAUUCCUCAACACUUCAAUAAUGGAGGACGGCUAUCAGAACAAGACAGCCUUUAUAAAGGGCGCCAAAGACAUUGCCAAAGAGGUCAAGCGCCAGGCGGCCAAGAAAGUGGGCCGCGGUGUGGACAAGAUGACCGACGAGUACAGCAAACGCUCCUACGCCCGCUUUGAGGAAAACGACGACGAUGACUACCCUGUAGUGCCUGGGGGGCAGGACGGUGGCUACUACCGGGGCGACAGCCAGGCAGCCAAUGACGAGGAAGGUGGCCACAGCGACUCCACAGAAGGUCACGACGAAGACGACGAGAUCUACGAGGGCGAGUACCAGGGCAUUCCCCGCGCUGACUCGAGCAAGGCUGCUGACGGCCUAGCAGGGGGAGAUGGGCAGCAGUUCAGGGACAUGGCACAGUUUGAGGGGGAACGGCGGAAGGACCAAGAAGAGCUAGCCCAGCAGUACGAGACCAUCCUGCAGGAGUGUGGCCAUGGGAAGUUCCAGUGGACCCUCUACUUUGUGCUGGGGCUGGCGCUCAUGGCAGACGGUGUGGAGAUCUUCGUAGUGGGCUUUGUGCUCCCCAGCGCCGAGAAAGAUAUGUGUCUGUCCGAGGAAAGCAAGGGCAUGUUGGGUCUGAUUGUUUAUCUGGGAAUGAUGGUCGGGGCGUUCAUGUGGGGUGGGCUCGCUGACCGGAUCGGCCGACGGCAGUCCCUUCUCAUCUGUCUCUCCAUCAACAGUGUCUUCUCCUUCUUCUCCUCCUUUGUUCAGGGCUACAGCACCUUUCUCUUAUGCAGACUACUUUCUGGUGUUGGGAUCGGUGGUUCCAUCCCCAUUGUGUUCUCCUACUACUCAGAGUUUCUGGCCCAGGAGAAACGUGGGGAGCACCUCAGUUGGCUCUGCAUGUUCUGGAUGAUUGGUGGCAUCUAUGCCUCAGCUAUGGCAUGGGCCAUCAUCCCACACUAUGGCUGGAGUUUCCAGAUGGGCUCUGCGUACCAGUUCCACAGCUGGCGUGUGUUCGUCCUGGUGUGUGCAUUUCCCUCUGUUGCGGCUAUUGCUUCUCUCACCACCAUGCCAGAAAGCCCUCGCUUCUUCUUAGAGAACGGCAAACACGACGAAGGCUGGAUGAUUCUGAAACAAGUUCACGACACCAACAUGAGAGCAAAGGGGCACCCAGAGAAGGUGUUUUCUGUCACCACCAUCAAGACUGUAAAGCAGAUGGAUGAGCUGGUGGACAUGGGGGGAGACAUAUCAACUUUGCGACGCUAUAAAUUGAAGCUGACCAGCCUAUUCCACCAGGUGCGGAGUAACUUCUUGGCCAUCUUCAAUCCAGAAUACAGAAGGACCACCUUCAUGAUGAUGGCUGUCUGGUUUACCAUGUCGUUCAGCUACUAUGGGCUGACAGUGUGGUUCCCUGACAUGAUCAAGUACAUCCAGAAGCAGGAAUAUGCCUCGCGCACCAAGUUCUUCACCAAGGAGCGAGUGGAGCAUGUCACUUUUAACUUCACCUUGGAGAACCAGGUGCACCGCCAAGGACAGUACUUCAACGACAAGUUCAUGAACCUUAAGAUGAAGUCCAUGGUGUUUGAGGACUCAGUGUUUGAGGAGUGCUACUUCGAGGACAUCACCUCUAGCAGAAGCUUCUUCAGAAACUGCACCUUCAUCGCAACUCUCUUUUACAAUACAGACUUGUUCCAGAACAGAAUCAUCAACAGCAAACUUGUAAACAGCACCUUCCUACACAACAAGGAAGGCUGUCUGCUGGACUUCACUGAUGACAACAACGCCUACAUGAUCUACUUUGUCAGUUUCCUGGGCACAUUGGCCGUGUUACCCGGCAACAUUGUGUCAGCCCUGCUGAUGGACAAAAUUGGACGUCUGAGGAUGUUGGCGGGAUCAAGUGUCAUAUCUUGUGUCAGCUGUUUCUUCCUGUCAUUCGGCAGUACCGAGUCGGGAAUGAUCGCCCUCUUAUGUCUCUUCGGCGGCAUCAGCAUAGCUUCCUGGAAUGCCCUGGAUGUGUUGACUGUGGAACUGUACCCCUCGGAUAAAAGGACAACUGCAUUUGGCUUCUUAAAUGCCCUUUGCAAGCUGGCUGCUGUCCUGGGCAUAAGCAUCUUCCAGUCCUUCGUAGGCAUCACCAAGGCUGUGCCCAUCUUGUUUGCUGCGGGCGCACUCGCAGCCGGCAGUUUCCUGGCUCUAAAGCUGCCUGAAACACGGGGCCAGGUGCUGCAGUAGCACAAUUCACCACCAGAAGGCAGAAGAGUGUAGCUGCAGUGGCCACAUUGCAACCAGGGCCCGACCAACCAUACAAUCUCAGCCCAUUAAACACCAAAAAACUGACUGUCAUCAACAGUAUCACACCAGUCCCAGAUUACUGAGAAAAAAUGAGGAUAGCAUCAUACUUAAAAUGCCGAUGUAACCCAUUUAGCCUGCACAGACUAACUGACAUCUUCACCACAGCAUAAAAUAACACAUUGGGUUUUCUUUCUAAGAGAUCCUACAGGUUAGACAGAAUGAAAUCCUGCCAACACAGAUACAAGUUUAUAACCCACUGCCAAAGGAUGCAAAGAUACUGCUUGAUAGCUACAAUGCUUAAUGGGGAUAAAUAGAUACUUCCCAACAAAAGAGAUCAAACAUCUAUACACCCUCAAUUCAUCCUAGCAUCCAAAGCUGACCAUCAUGCCAUUCAAAUAAGGUUACAGAUGCCCUCCAAUAGAUUUCCACCUGAAUAUAGCUUUCACUGUAUCUUAGCUUCCUGCUGAAAAAGCGGAGCUCAAAUGAAUACUUGAAUAUUAAAUUGAUGUUUUUCAGCUUUGGCUGAUUAUAAUAGUGGUGAAUCAUACUUCAAAGCUUCUUGUCCUUUGUAAUCUGAAUGGACUUGAUGAGUGAAAGCCGUAUGAUAGAAGCCCAUUGGUUGAUCAGCCUAUUGCUUGCAUCUUAUAUCCUCUGUCCUUUAGGAUCUGUGGGGAAGAAAGGACAGGAUCAUUGUCAUUUAAAUCUCUUAUUGGCUUCCUCUGAAAGAGAAUAUUACAAACAAUAUUUCCCUUACCAGGUGACAUGCACCAAGCUCCCUGCUUCAAAAUAAUGAUAUAUAUUAUUUGUUCAAACUUGGCAUUGAUACUAGUUAUUUUAUCAUAUAGACAACAGACUACAUGUGUGUUGAAGGUAUAUUGUAAGUAUUGAAAUAAUGACAUGACCAAUAACUGGUCAAUAUUUGAGUUUAUUUAUUGAUGGCAAUUUGACGGGAUCGUUUUUAGUUUUAUAUUUCUAUUUAUUAUGGAUCCCCCAUGCACACUAAACAAUUACUGUAUUUGUUGUUCUGCAUCAGAUUUACUUCAAGCAGUGAAAUACUGCAUAUGUCUAAAUCAUUUUAUGUUGUGUAUGUAUGAGGGAGAUGGAGAAAGAGUUACAUCAUAUGUAUCCUGUAUGGUUUUGUAAUUGGUUCUAUGAGACCUCGGGGGCACUCAUUCAUGUACAUUGAUCUACAUUGAUAAAGUGCAUCAUUAGGAUCCUGUAAAGAUAUUGGAACGCCAGACAAAGACGAGUAAAUUACGAUUGCAACCUAUGUAACACAUCAGUGGAGAUAUCCGUUCAUUUUUGAAAAUCUCUGAUAUUUUUACUUUCAAAUAACGAAUACAUCAAUGAGCCCAGGAUUACAACUCAUGUUUCCUGCUUAUCACAUAGUGGUCUUAUGCUCUCUGCAUCAGCAUUCCAUUUAGCUAAGGCCAACAUGUGCCCUGCUCUCUGCUGUCUAUCAAGGCAUACAGAACAUUAUACCUAGGAGGACCGAAGUCGGCCUGUUCAGUCGCCAAGCAAUGCAGUAUUAAUGAAGCACAAAUGAAUCCAUAUACACUGUUACGAAGCACAUUAUCACAGAUUCAUUUGAAGGGCUCAAUUAAAUGCAAACUGUAUUUUUACCCCCACCGUAAUAUAAACACUAUUUUCCCUGUGAUAAGAAAUGUACAAAUGUACUAUUCAGAGCAACUUACAAUGUACAAUUUAU